AGAUGUUAAAUUUGCUGCAUAAAUCGAUGUUUUAUUUUCUACUCAUGGAUUUAUGAUGGAAGCAAAUGCUAGAGUUGUGAUGGAUUAACAGGUACUUAAAUUUUUAGGUGUGAUGAUACAAAUUUUAUGCUACAUAUGUAUCUUGAAUUCCAUGGAUUUUUGUUCAAACUCUGUACUAUGAUUAAAUUGUUGGGUUUAGGAGAGUUUAGCAGGUGGGGUGAAGGUUUUAUCACUUAGAUUAUGACUGUCUGCCCUAAUUUAGCUGCUUGAUUAACAAACCAAGUUGUAAGCUGUUGGUUAGUUCAAUCUAGAUUCUUAGCAUCUAGGGUGUUAUGUUGUUGAUGCAAUUCUUGUGGAUUAAUAGAAGAUGGAAAUACCCUUGAUGGCUUGUUUAAGGCUGGAAGCAUAUGAGACCGGAUUGCCUAUUGGCGAAAGAAUUAGUGGGAAUCUUAGACUUGUAUUCUAAUAGAGAAUCUCUUAGACUUGUAUUGUUAAGUAAUUGACUUAACGAUGUAUAAUUUUUUGCUCAUGGAUUUCUUUUGAUGCUUUCAAUAGGUGUAUAAUCUUAGCAAUUGUUUGCUGCUUCACUGAGAAUGAGUAAUUGAUGCUCACCUUUAUGCAUACAUUUUCUCUGAUUUGCUAGUGCAGCUUUGCAUUUGUGUAUGAGACUAAGUUGGUCAGACUCAUCAUUUCACCUGUAUUGGGUCCUUGUGGGUAUAGUUAUAUAGAUGCAUGACAGUUAUUUUGUUCCAAAGAGUUGAUUUGUAUGUGAAAUGAGGAUGUAGUUUGUACUUGGGUUAUGAUUUACUCAUUUUUAUAUUAUUAUGAAAAAAAAUGAUUGUGAUGUAGGGGCUAACUGUAAUCUUUUAUGCCAUAUGCAAGCCCGGUCCAAACUUAAUUCUUUGUGAUGGUGUAGAUGCAUCUCAAAGGGACUGUUAUCGUGUUGUUUCCCCGAGGUCUCGUGUUGGAGAUCAUUAUGUUAGGGUGGCCUCUGUUUUGUAUACGAAGACUUGGGCAUCACAACAUACGAGGAAAGGGAUUAUGAUGGAUCCUUCAUAUGCGGUGAGUUAAUUUUCUACUUUUUUUGGUGAAAGAGUUUCUUCAUCAACAUUAUUGGUAUUUAUUUUGUUUAUAGUAUUUUACUUACCCUUUUUUUUUUCUUUGUUUUGGCUGUAGAAUUUUGUUAUGGUUGGUAAAGAUGACCCUAAAGUGUUGGGGAAAAAGUACGGGAAGACUUUCCUUAGCUAUUCUCUUGACCAAAUUCAAAGUGUAUGUGUCAGUUUCUGGGAACUGCAUCUGAAAGUCAUUUAUUUUUUAUUAAGCCUUUUAUAAUUAAAGUUGAUCAUGGUUAACACAGGUUUUUGUCCCCGUUCUUGAUGCAUCUGUGUAGAAUACAGAACAUUGGUAUUGCUUGGCCUUGGAUUUAAAGGCACAUGUGGUUUGGAUGAUUGCUUGGCCUCACUUUUUUGUUAUUAUACGGUUUUCUUCGCGAAGUAAAGUUGUGACAUGCACAAUUUGGUCCUGUAGAUGAAGGCCUUAGAGGAGUUGCUGCAGGUUAGUGACCCCACAUGGGAGGUGGGUACAACUUCUACAUGGGUGAGGAGGACAUUUCCGGUACGACAGGCUGACAAUUGCUCAUGCGGCGCAAUCAUGCUAGCAAGUAUUAAGCAUUGUGCACGAUCUUUUGAAGCUCCCUUUCACAUGGAGAAACAUACCUCCUCGUUGAGGAACAAUCUGUUUCUUGAAGAUGUGAACAGCGAUCUCAACGAGUUGCAUGCAAAUUUGGAGACGAUCCUCCCAAAGGAAAGACGGUGCGGUAGAAGGACAGGUUCUCAGAUGAGUUGAUAGGUUUGGAUUCAGAAGGGGUGUGCUUAGGAUUUUUAAAACUAGGAAUAUCAUAAUAACAAUAUAAACAUGAUUUCUACAUCAUAAUAUCAAUAAAUCCAAU